AUGUUCCUUGGCAACUACACUCCGCUCUUCCAUGGCUUCAUCCAGUUCUACUCCACCUUCCUGGCCUUGCUCAUCAUGAUGACGGCCAGCGCCGUCAUCGCAGCCUUGGACGACAAGCGGCGCCACGAGGCGGAUAAGAAGACCAACAGCCAGACCGCGCAUCGGAUUCUGCUGACGGACACCUGCAGCUCGGAAGAUGUGAGGUGGGCGGACGUGGUGGUGGGGGACAUUUUGAUCAUCGAGGGCGAGGGCGAGUUCCCGGCGGACCUGGUGGUCUUGGCCUCCUCCUCGGAGGCGGGGGGGUGCUACGUGUACACGGCCAACCUGGACGGUGAGAGCAACCUCAAGCUCAAGGAGUCCACUGCCUGCACCCACCAGGCGCUGUGUGGCAACGCGGGCACGGACCGCCCGCUGCUGGACCAGGCGGUAGCACGGCUCAGAAGUUUGGAGGGCGAGGUGGUGGCGGAGCCGCCCAAGAAGUCCAUCCACAGCUUCAAGGGUUUCAUAGAGAUGGGCUCCUCAAAGGAGCCUCUGGAGGCAAAGAACCUCCUGCUGCGCGGCACGGUGCUGAAGAACACCUCCUGGAUCAUAGGGCUGGUGGUCUACACCGGCCAGGACUCCCGGAUGGUGAGGAACUCCCGAGCGCCCAAGGCGAAGUACGCCAACAUCGAGAAGGUGAUCAACAGGUCCAUGCUGGUGGUGGUGGGCGCGCAGUGCCUCAUCUCGCUGAUCAGCGACAUACUUUACGUCUGCACCCGCGAGAGGUUCUACAACCUCUGGUACCUGUUUCCUGGAGGCCAGUCCCAGUCCAUCCUGCUCCCGGAGUGGAUCGGCUACUGGCUCACCUUCUUUGUGCUCUACUCGAAUUUGAUGCCCAUCUCUUUGUACUUCACCAUGGAGGUCUGCAAUGCUGCUCAGGCGUACUUCAUCAAAAGUGAUUUGCAGAUGUACGACGAGGUUCAGGACACCGCGGCCAACGCGCGCACCACGAAUCUCUGCCACGAGUUGGGCCAGGUCUCCUACGUCUUCUCGGACAAGACCGGCACGCUAACGCAGAACGUGAUGGAGCUGAAGCGGCUCUCGGUGGCAGGCGCCAUCUAUGGCGAGACCGGAGAGGAGCCUGGCUUCCAGGGCAAGCUUGCCAUGGCUCGAGCGAGGCAGAUGAGCGCGGACAAAGCGGCCGCCAUCGAUGCUGUGCUGGAGGUCUUGGCAGUUUCGCACACCGUGGUGUGCACCAAAGACCGAAAUGGCAAGCUCAAGUACGAGGCGGAGAGCCCCGAUGAGUUCGCGCUGGUCGAGGCUAUGGCCGGGCUCGGCUGGAGCUUCACCGGGCGCACCAACCAGGGGCUCACCGUGCAGGUGGCGACAGAUCCGGGCAGCAGAACCUAUGAGCUCUUAGGCCUCAACGCCUUCACUUCCGCGAGGAAGCGGCAGUCUGUGGUGGUGCGGCGGCCUUCCGGGGAGGUGGUGUUGCUCGUCAAGGGUGCGGACGAUGUGAUGCAGAAGCUCGCGGACCGCAAGCAGCCCUUCCCGGAGGAGCACUUGCAAGUCUUCGCCAAGCAGGGCUUGCGGACCUUGGUCAUGGGCCGCCGGCGCAUCUACGAGGAGGAGCUGCGAAGGUGGCAGGCGGACUUCGCGAAAGCCCAGAACUCCAUGGAGGACCGCGAGGCCGCCCUGGCGGAGGUGGCGGACCGGAUCGAGAGGUCCUUGGAGGUUGUGGGAAUCACCGGCAUUGAGGACAAGCUGCAGGUGGGCGUCGAGGAUGCCAUCGUCAAGAUUCGACAGGCCGGCGUCAAGCUCUGGGUGCUCACCGGCGAGACAAGUUGGAAACGGCCAAGAACAUCGGGUUCAGCACUCGUGUUCUAA